AUGCGACGGGAGACAAAAAGGUGGCGGGAGAUUGAAGAACCAGAAGCAUCAGAUGAUCCAGAAAAGUCGCUGGCCUGGGAUGCUCCGCAGAACACCCUGAUGAUGCAGGGCUUUGAAUGGCACGUACCAGCUGAUCAGAAGCAUUGGUACCGCCUCAAAAUGGCUCUCCCGAGCCUUCUUGAUGCCGGGGUAGACAAUAUUUGGAUUCCCCCUGGUUGCAAGGGAAUGGACCCUUCUGGAACGGGGUAUGAUGUCUAUGAUCUGUAUGACAUCGGGGAGUUUGAUCAAAAAGGCUCCAUAUCAACGCGCUGGGGGUCAAAGGAGGACUUGCAGGCUUUAGUAGAAGCCGCGCAUGAUGUUGGUAUUGGAAUAUAUUGGGACACUGUCUUGAAUCAUAAGGCCGGUGCAGAUUUCACGGAGAAGUUUUGUGCUGUGAAAGCGAACCCCGACGGUAUCAUGGUCCUGACAAUUAUUCAAGGGAGUCCGAGAAAAGCUGACGUUAAACUAGAUCGCAACAUUGUCAUCUCAAAGCCUGAGAGUAUUUCGGGAUGGGUUGGAUUCGACUUUCCUGGUCGCAAGGGAAAAUACAGUACGAUGAAGUACAGCCAUCGACAUUUUAAUGGAGUGGACUGGGAUGAAUCGAGAAAGCAACAUUCAGUAUACAAAAUUUCCAAGCCACGGAAAGACUGGGCGCAAGAUGUCAGCGAUGAGCAUGGCAACUAUGACUUUUUAAUGUUCGCCAAUCUUGACCACACAAAUCCGGAAGUACGGGCAGAUAUCUUCAAAUGGGCGGAAUGGAUCGGGACUGAGCUGCCAAUCAGCGGCAUGCGAAUUGACGCAGCUAAGCAUUAUUCGGUUGCAUUUCAAAAGGAAUUUGUCGAUCAUCUGCGAAACACAGUGGGCACUGAAUAUUUUAUAGUGAGCGAGUACUGGAGAGGAGAUGUGAGACAUCUACUCAAUUACCUCAAAGUGAUGGAGUACGGUGUGUCUCUGUUUGACGUACCACUCCUUGGACGAUUUGCUGUGACGUCGAAGAUGGAAGGGAGUGACCUUCGGAAGAUUUUCCGCGGCACGUUGGUGGAACAGAGCCCAGCUCAUGCAGUAACAUUUGUGGGGAAUCAUGAUACUGGACAGCCGUGCAUCUUUUACGGUGAUCUUUACGGGAUCAGAGGUGGUGCCGGUUCCCUUUCUUUGCCAUCUUGCAAGGGAAAGCUCCCUACCUUGAUGCGUGCUCGCAAGCUAUACGCCUACGGAGAGCAGCAGGAUUAUUUUGACAGAAAGAAUUGCAUUGGUGAGCAUGCGUUUUCAAAUAUUAUUUAA